UCACACGCUUAAGGAGAAAUAAUUCUCUGCUGCUUACCCUCUGGAUGCUAUGGCAGAAAAUAUCUCAAACAAUGGAGAAAAACUGGAUGUCGAAUUUAAAAGGUAUAUGCAAAUUUUGGCACCAUACCUCAGCCAGCUAGUCGACAGCGAUAUAAUUAAUAUAUGUAAUGCUUGGAUUCAUCGAUUAUCCAAAGUAAAAGAGAAUGAAAAAUACAUACGGAAUAGAUAUGCCUUCCUUUUAUGCUACCAAUUAGCUAGAGGUAUCCUCGAGGAUCCCUUUAACAAUAAUCCUCCAGAGGGUCCACUGCAACAUAUUUGCGAAGUACCAGAUAGCAAUUCUACUACUGAGAUUGAAUAUGUCGUCGCAGACGGAGAACAUGGCUCCAGUGGCAGCGUUCUCUUUAAUAGUAAGAGAUUUGAUUCAUCGGAUAUAGACUUCGUAUCUCAAACCCAUGAAUACGAUAAUGACAUUACAGGAAGCAGCAAAGACAUUAUCAACAAACUUUCAGAAUCAGCAGCUUCACAUAAACAAACAAUUGUAUGCUAUACUUGUCCACAGCUAAUGCAGGCUUGUGCUAGAGAUGUUCUGAAUACUUCAGGUGAUCGUUAUGAAUUCAGAGCAAAUAACCUUGUCAAGAGGCUAAGAGAAAUAAAAAAAGAAAACAUGUUGUUACACAAUGAACUUUUAGAACUAAAAGAGGAAUCAAGAAUAAAGGAUAACGAUUUUAGUGAAAAUUACAAAAAUAAGCUAUGCUAUAGUGCAAAUACUGAUUACGAAAUCGGAAAGACCAUAAGCUUUACCAAAAACCAACCUAGCACAGUUAACUUAAAAUCUUUGAAGAAUCAAUUGCAGGAAGACAAAAAAAACUACGUAAGUACCAUAGCUAAUUUACGAGAACAGUUAGAUAAUGUUAAUGAAAUAAAACGAAUGGAGAUGGAAGAUCUUAUAGGAAGGCACAAAUUGGAAAUAGUGAAAAUAGAAUCGUCGCUUCGUAAAGAAUGUAAAGAUAUUUUUGAUGAUAAUCUCAAGGAAUUGAAAAAUCAUUACGAAAAUUUAAUAUCUAGAAUGAAGAUCGAUCAUGAUGCUGAAGUCGAAGUAUUGAAAAUGGACUAUGAAGAAAAACUUAAAGAGAAAGAGAAAAUCAAAGGAGACGAGGUCACUGAAUUGAAUAAAAAGUUGCAGGAACGAAAUUUGGAAAUCGUAACACUUAAAUCACAGUUAGAAGAUCAGAAAAGGAAUUUGGAUAUGUUUUUCAGUAAACUUUCCGGAACUAAAUCAUAUGAAGAUGCAAGCUAUACCACUAAAACAAAAACCAGUGAGUUAGAGAAGAGAAUGUAUAAGUUAGAGAAAUCGAAAAUUAAAUGUGCCAAGUUAUACGAAAAUAAAAUUCUCUACAUGCAACGAGAAAAGCAUUUGGCUGAAUGCUCGUUGCAGUUACAACUUGUGAGACAGCGAGCUCAAGUCGUGAACGAAAUAACUGAAGAAAACCAAGGUGAACUAAACACUGCGUUGGAAAAAUUAGAAAGUAAAUACAAAGAUAUUGUGGCUAAAGUCCAAUCUACAGCUAUACAGAGACGAUUACAAGAUCAGUUAGCACUGGAAUCUAUUAUACAAAGCACUCUCAAGCCACGAAAUGAUUACGCGUCAGCAGCAGCAACUAAUCAUAGUCAGGUAUCGGGCAAGAAUAUUACUAUGAGACAACGUAAAGAUCAGAUUAAUAGUUUUGAUAGUGAAAUUUCAGGUUUGCGCUCCAGAACGGCUCCAAUAGACACGACAUUUUGCGAUGAGAAUGGAUUCUGCCUAGAUAGUGGCCGCCUUGAAGAACUAUUCGAAAAGGUGUUCAAACCACAACGGGAUACGGUAGAAGGACAUCCUUAAAGAGAGUUUAAACUAUUUGUCCUUUGAAGGAGAUGUGGUCAGUUUAGUAACAGGCUAUUUCAAAGCCCUUAUAUAUAUAUAAAACAUAUUUAAAGUCGGGGUCUGCUCAGGUAUGCCUUAGUAAAUCAAGUUGUAAAGUAAACGUAAAAACGUAACAUAAAAUUUUUUGUACACUUACAAAUCAUAACUCGACGCUGGAUAGGUAAAAUGUCUAAAGCACAUUUGGGAAAUAUUACAGGAAAGCGAUUUAAAGCAUUUAAAAAAAAUCAUAACUAAUUUUUUUUGUUAUAUGGAAAACUACAAAAUUUUCAGCUUUUCCAGGUAACAAAUA